UUGGCGAGUCUCGGUAGCUCGUGUGUCUUUGCGCCCGGCUUCCCCUCUACGAACGCAUGCGCCAAAUUUCGCGACCAACCGCUCCUCGAAUUCACCCUGCCUCACCGCCAAAAAAUUCAAUUUAUGGCUUCGAUUGCGUCCGUUGACUUUCAAAGUUUUUAACCGAAAACUAUCUUUGUGUGGCUACCCGUUUGCGACGUUGUUUUUCCAUUGAAACAUUAAUACUGUUGCCGGCGAGCGAGCUGUCUCCGUCGAACAAGUGACAGUUGAGCAGUAGUGACAAACGAAUCUUUGAGUUUUUGUUCCGAUUCGUCCGAUGCUGUACAACGGCAUCGAGUUCUCAUUGGCAGCAAGGAAAAAACAGUGCAAUUAGUGCGCCCCUGGGCAGUAUCUCGUCAGUGUCUCGUGUGUCAGUGUAAGUGGGUGUUCGGAUCGCCAUCAUUGUCCCGCGGAGUGUUUUCCAGCGUGUUCCCGAGCGAAUCGCUCGUUUAGUGCUAUGAACAGCUCGUCGUCGAGCCACGCAGCUCUCGUCGGCUCGAAGCUCGACUGCAAUCGUCUCGGAUAGGGUGCGAGACGCGCGCGCGAAACUGCUGCUAAACUCGAUAAUAGCCUUCGGUGCUGCUGUGGGUGGUCGUCGGAGGUGGCGUUACAGAUUGGGCCGAGCGUCGACGUUCAUGCAGCUGAACGGCCUAAUGCUUGGGGGAUGUUGGGCCUGUCGGUGCAGCUUAUGCCAAAGCAGCAGCAGCAGCAGCAGCAAGAUCGGCAGCGCCAAAGCCAACGCGGGCGCCGAGGAUACCGUCCGUCUGCAGAAGGACGUCGAGGCCGCUGCUCAUGCGGCCGGCAGCAUGACUCGCUCGCCGGGUCUGCCGGCCCGCAGACUUCUGCAGGCUCUUGCGUUGGUGCUUGUCACCGCCUACGCGACUGUGCUCCUUUACCAAGCUGUGACGCCCAGACAGUGGACCGACGACGGAGCAGUCGUCGAUGUGAACACCGUCGGCGGUGACGUAGCCACCCUAGAGAUUCCCUCCCGACUUGGUGGUCGCUUUGGCAUGAUAGCCGCGGCCGUGUCCACGUCUGCCCUGGCUCUGCCCUCGAGAAACGAGGAAAACGAAGAAACUACCGAUUUGAUUCCUUCGGUUGCCACUGCUACGAUGGCUCCCUACACGACGGGUCUCGAUGACAUUUUCAUCAGUGUCAAAACGACCAAAAACUACCACGAGUCCAGACUGCAGGCCAUCAUCGAUACUUGGUUUCAGUUUGCAAAAGAACAGACAUGGUUUUUCACCGACAAAGAUGAUCCUUACUUUCAAGAACAAACAAAUGGUCAUAUGAUCAAUACAAAAUGUUCAUCGUCGCAUAACCGAAGAGCUUUGUGCUGCAAAAUGUCAGUCGAAUUUGACAGGUUCCUGGAAAGCGGAAAAAACUACUAUGUUGAUACUUAUAAGUACCGAAUAUCCCAGAAAUUGCAAUAA